UGCUACAAUUGCGCACAUUCCUAAUGUCGAAAGCAAUGUGAAGCGCGCAGUAUGCUAAAGUCUUUGCACGCGCUUCGUGGUCGGCUUCGUAGGCAACAUGUUGGAUAUUUUACAGAGUACCUACGUCCUACUAACAGGUCCUAGCACCACCAAAGAAGGCUACGACUAUCUACCCUUCCAUGGCGCCCUUUUGCCAGUUGCACUGCUCUUAAUCGGAUACGUGACGCUUGUCUUCAGAAUAGGACCAUGGUUUAUGAGAAAUCGUGCACCUUACAAUUUGACGAGCGUGCUGCGUUACUACAAUAUAAUCCAGAUACUUUUCAAUGCAGUCAUGGCGCUUAUGGGCAUCUACUUGUAUUUUUACAAGAAAGUCGUGCCUAUUGGUUGCAUGACCGGGCUGCCUUUCGAACAUCCGCUCAAGUCGUUGGAAAUAAUUGCCAGUUUCGCUUAUGUUUUCAAUAAGUUCCUCGAUCUUUUCGAUACAAUAUUCUUUGUGCUGCGCAAAAGCUACAAGCAGGUGACCUUUCUCCACGUCUAUCAUCAUAUCUUGAUGACCAGCAUAUCAUAUAUUUACCUGAAAGUUAUUGGCACUGGUGGGCACGCUAGCAUCACAGGCAUCAUGAACGCUAUUGUGCAUGUGAUUAUGUAUGGCUACUACUUUGUGAGUGCCACCAAACCGCAGAUGAGGAACUCUCUGUGGUGGAAAAAGUAUAUCACGCAAAUACAAUUUGUACAGUUUGUUUUGGCAUUAAUCCACAACCUCUGGCCGCUGAUCGUCGAUACGGAUUGUGCAGUACCGAAAAUAUUCUGUGUGUUCUCUGUGAUACAAGCCGUGGUGAUGAUUUACCUCUUCGGUAGUUUCUAUAAGAAGAGUUAUUUGGAUGCAAAGACGAGAGUCGAGAAGAGUAAGUAAUCUAGAAGGAUACCACUACAUCCAUAUGUGCGUGCACCCGUUACUUGGGUGCAGUCGAUUAGUUGUAUUUGUGCUUGUCUUUUCUUUUUUAAUUUUAAAUUUAUAAUCGAAUAAUAAGUAAGCAAUUUUAUGAAAUACACAUGCGAAAAAAAAAUUUAACGA